AUUGACCGGGAGUUAGUGUUUGGAAGUUUUAACAGUUGUACUUGAUAUUAAUUAACUGUCGCGGUUGUGCAGAAUUACAAUGGCGGUGCAGAUUCUUCCAAUAACAAGAAAGAAGAGAGUCAUCGACAAGUACAACCCCGACACCUUUCGUGUGAUCAGCACAGAGGCAGAAGGUUUGCACAGACCACUCCCAGCAAGCUCCGCGACUCAGCUUCCUUUGUACGAUGAACUUCAAGUACAGAAACCAACACCGUACGUAUAUGACAGAGAAACACAGGUUCUACCUAAAGGCCUGCCAGACUACAGGGCUAACCGUCCCCACCCUGAAGCCACAGAUUUCCUCCGUCAUAACGUCCUCUUCCUGAAUGAACCUGUGUGUAGCGUACACACAGGGGAGACACAGGCGGAUCAGGGAAGCUGGUGGCCAUCACGGACCUCUGACAAACCUCUGGAGGCUCCGUCUUAUACGGUCAACACCACAUUCAGGCAGGAUUUCAGAAAGCGAAAAGGUGUCACGCCAGCAGCUACCAGACACUCCUCAAACCCCAACAAAGAGCCCUCCAAAGGAGCAGUGCCAGUGAAUUUUCUCAGAGGAGCUGAUGGAAAACAGACACUGUGGAAAGAAGGGUUGUCCUAUGAACAUCAGUAUAACAGUCGCCUUGAUCCAUCUUAUCCAAUUAGAGGAAAGAGACAUGGAGCAUUUGUGUGGGACAAAAUGAACCCGGAGGACAGUCAGCGAUUUAUCGACCAUUACAGUAGUCUAGCGAAACAAGAGAGGGACGUAGCGAACAAUCAGUGUGCUCAAGCCACAUGCAGUACAGAAAACUGCAGCGUAACCUGGCCACCAAGUAAUGGAUCAAGGGAGACAACUCAAGGGCAGACACAUACAUACAUCCAGAAUGGAACUGCAGAAUCCAGUUCAAAAUGUCAAAACAACAAUAAUGUAUUUCAGGAAGCCAAAAAUAUGCCAUCCAGGCGUCAGUCUGUAACCUUGGCAACUAGCUGUGGAAUGACAGCUGACCUGCCCCCAGUAGAUCAAUAGCUAGCUAGUAGGGAUCAUCUAAGGGUUUCUCGGAGGAUUUCACGUGCUGUGAUCAGAAGUUUUCAUCCCUAACUUGUUCAGUUGUUUAAAUGGUAAAAGCAUAAUCACUACAGCCAUCUUACGGUUAGAUGAAAUUAUCUAUGACAGAAAUAAAGAAGUUAUAAGUCAAAAAUGGGGUCAUGAAAAUUAGCAUCAUGCAUGAAUUUUAUAAUUAUGUAUGCCUAUGUUAUGAAAUACAUUUAUAUAUAUUCAUAUCAUUUAGGAAGACUAGGAGAAUAGCACAUCAGUAUUAGAUGAGAGUGAUGACAGUCCACUGUGCCUUAUCUUUAUUUACAUAAGAACAGAACUAUAUUGAAAUAUUAUGGAUACAUUAUUAUCGAACAAUCCAUCAAUCAAUCUACAUGUAGCAGUAUUAUACCAAUCAAGUGGCAAAGCUUGUAGCACACACAGUACACAUUGUAAUGGUGUGUUAACCAGAAGCUUAUUGUAGAUAAGCUUUUGUUCAUAUUACACAACUCUUUUUGUAUUGGUUUUUAUAUUAAUUUAGAGGAGAUGUUAACUCCUGUCUGUGAUAUGUUUUUUUCACAAU